AUGACAGUAGAACCUCCUCUUCAAACCGAACCUCCCAUUCGAAAUUCUCUCCUGAAAAACCUUACCACCCAAACCACACUCCUCACUCAACUUUUCACCCAAUUGGGAACAUCCACUCCACAAACAGCAACCGUUCAAAACAUUCAUGCUCAAUUAUGUUCAUCGACCGAUGAUCUAGCUAGGUUGACGAGAGAUUUGGAGAAACAUCAACAGGUGUGGAAUUCCGUUCUGAUAGCUCAAGAACGUGUGGAGGGAUUGGAGAAAAAAGUAAGGGAGAUAUGUAAGGAGUUGGAAAAGGGCAGUAGGGAAUUAGAUGAAAUGGUUUGGAGUGCAAAGGUUAACGUGGAGAAUAUAAAGAUGAGUGAGAAGAACCCUUUAAACAUUCCAGACCUUCUAGCACACGCACAAGCAUUAUCGAAAACUUCUAGCGCACCAAUAUCAUCUUUACUCACACCUUCCGAUAAAGCUCAAUAUCCUCCUUGGCCAACAGAAGCAGCAAUGAGAAUGGGGUUGUUAUUCCAAUUACAAGGAAGUAUGACUCAAGGUCAAACUGGAGAAAUCACAGAGGAAAUCCCAACACAAAGUAUGGAAAUUGAACAACCUACUUUACCUCAAGAAGAAGGAAGGAGUUAUGAUCCUGAUGCUGUUUACAAUCUCGAUUUGGAUUCUGAUUCUGAUUAA